AAUUCAUUUGACGAUCAUUCACGGGCACUAAAAUCAUAAUAAAAAUUUAUUUAAAUACAAAAAAAUAAUAUAAACAUGGCAACAAAUUGUGGUAAAUUAGAUAAGUUAGUGCGUGUCGGAUAUUACGAUUUAGAAAAGACAAUUGGUAAAGGUAAUUUUGCUGUGGUUCGAUUAGCUACCCAUGUUAUUACUAAUACUAAGGUAGCAAUAAAAAUAAUAAACAAAUGUGCCCUGGAUGAAGAUAAUUUGACGAAAGUGUUCCGCGAAAUCUCGUUAUUAAAAAAAUUACGCCAUAAACAUAUAACACGAUUGUAUCAAGUAAUGGAAACACAUAGAAAUAUAUAUCUAGUCACAGAAUAUGCAAGCAAAGGUGAAAUAUUUGAUCAUCUAGUUGCCACCGGACGUAUGGAAGAAACACAAGCUAGAACAGUAUUCCAUCAAAUUGUAUCUGCUGUCGAUUAUUGUCACAAUCAAGGAAUCGUUCAUAGAGAUAUCAAAGCUGAAAAUUUACUUUUAGAUCAUAAUAUGAAUAUCAAAUUAGCUGAUUUUGGGUUUAGUAAUGAAUAUACAAAAGGUAAUUUAAUGUCUACUUGGUGUGGAUCACCGCCGUAUGCCGCGCCAGAAUUAUUCCUAGGUCAAAAGUACGAUGGACCUAAAGCAGAUAUUUGGAGUCUUGGAGUUGUUUUAUACGUUUUAGUUUGUGGAGUUUUACCAUUUGAAGGAAAUACAUUACACGCACUUAGAAAUAUGGUUUUAGCUGGAAAAUUUCGUAUUCCUUAUUUUAUGUCACAAGAUUGCGAACAUUUAAUACGACACAUGCUUAUUGUGGACCCAGAACGGCGUUUCACAAUGGCACAAAUAAAAACACAUCGAUGGUUGGUAAUGCAUUCAAAUCAUCCGGAUGAUACACCGCCUGAACAACAACAAAAUCCCACGGGCUUAGACCUGGAGUCCGAUAAUUGGGAGGAAUCAGGAAUCAAUCACACUGUUGUAGAGCAUAUGCUACAAGUGCCUGGGAUAACUGAAGAAAUGAUUGUAAAUGCAUUAAAAAACGAUGCAUUCGAUCAUAUAUCAGGAAUGUAUUAUCUACUGGUUGAUAAAUUACAUCAACGAACGUUAGCAUUUCAAUCAACAAUCGCACGACAACCAGUUCGAAAGACAAGUAUUACAACUGGUAUUGUUGAUCGGAGUCCAAUCAACGAUAGUGAUGUUGAUAACACUGUCACAACAAUUAGUGAUGUAUAUAGUCGAUCUAGUAUGAGUGAUUCAAAAGAACGUUUACGAUUAGACAAAUAUAGUGAAGAUAGUGGUAAAGGUUCCGAUGAAAUUCGUUCAGACAAUGAUGCCGAUUCAUUAGAAUAUACCGAUACGAAAAUUCCAAUGGAUCAUGUUAUGCAUAACAAUGAAUCAACUGGUUCACCAUUUGUUUCAAUGCCAACAUUACCCGCAGAAUAUUUGGGUGAUAAUUCACAGCCACUUGAGAAGUUUGGUGAUAUGGACCUAGAAUCAAACGAAUCAUGUGUACAAUUACCUACAUAUCAACAAUCUUCAACAUCAUCCGAAGAAUAUUCAAUAAAUCAAUCGAAUGAUAAAUAUUUAACGACUAGAAGACAUACAGUUGGACCUGGUGAUACUGCUCACGAACAAGUUUUAGAAAAUCAUUACAUUCCACCAUAUCCUGGUAUAACUGACGGAAAUACAUUAUCGAAUGACCAGAAUGGUAUACGAUUACUUCCACAUACAAAUCUUCCAGUAAACUUACCGUUAUUACAAAACUUUCCACCACAAAACUUCAGUGGCAAAGAUCCGCAUCUACUGAAACCACCAACAAUUUUGGGAGCCAUAGGGGGUCUUGGUCGACGAGCAUCCGAUGGUAGUGCAAAUUUACAAUUCUUUUAUCGUAAUAAUGAUAGUGCUACUGCGGCGGCUAUGUCUUGGUCUAAUCAAGGAUCACGGGAAUUACCACAAAAUUUCGUACAACAAAAUGCUGGCCAAUAUUUAUGCCAAACGGCAAAUAUGGGUGGUUAUAAUUUACAACAGAUGCAUGGAAAUGAAACGGAUUUAAAUUCAUCACAUACGUUAGAAGAGUUAGCUGAUAAUAAUGCAGUUGCGAGAUAUAUGCAAAGUCGUGGCAAUUCAAAACGUCAUACAGUAGCAUCUACAGAAGAAGUUCAUUCGAUACAACAAAAUCAAUCUCAAAGUGGUGGUGUAUCGAGUGGAUCCGCUAAUAGUUCGUCCAGUUCAUCGAGUGGUAUACGAACUCGUCGAACUGGAUUAUUGACUGUUAAAGAAAAACCACCAGUAAUCAACCCAGAAAUAGUACGCGAAAUUGAGGCUCGAAUGAAUCGUGGCGAUUCAAUGUGUAAUAGUACAACAUUUGUUCAAACACCAACAACAUCACCACCAAUGGUAACUGGACAAGGACAUUAUACUGGUCCAAUGACAGUGGCAUCAAAUGUAUUAAGUGGUAGCCGUACAUUGUACAAACAAUAUCAUCACCCUACUUCUGGGGGUCCUACUCGCAAGCACUCACUACGUCAUGCUAAAACUGCACAAGCUUUACCGACUGUACAAGAAUUUCAAGGUCGUGAAACAAAAUCACUUGAACGUUAUUCACCAGUACGACGUGCUAGUGAAGGUUCAGCACACUCACCAGAUUCAUGUCGCACACCAACAUUACAACAAGAGUAUCAACGAUUACAACGUAAUAUCGAUCGUGAUCGUCAAAUCAACAAUCAUAGAAUCACAAUAACACCUAGUCCGCCAUUAUUAAAUCCAAAUAACAAUAAUAAUAGUAUAACAAAUAGCAGUAGCACGGGAGUAAUAACCACGGAGUCACUUCAUAAUUGUACCUUAACACCGAAUAAUAAGAUAUCUUCAUGUAGUCCUAGUCAUUUUAUCAAUUCCAAAUCAUAUUCGUCAGUACCAUCGACGGCCGCAAUGCCACAGCAAUAUUCACCAAAUCAUGUUGUUGGGGUGGGUGUCGUAAGUGUGGGUACAAAUUCACCACAAUUAUUAGGCAAUUAUACACAACAAUUUAGUGGCAUUAAUCCUCCACCUACUAAUUCUGUAUCAGCAAAUAAUAUGCAAUUAGCACAUUCUGGAUCGCAAACAUAUAAUUUACAAUCGUUAACCGGUGUUCAAUCACAGAAUCCAUCACCUAUUUUUGGGCAAAAUACAUCAUUACUUGGAUCACCAUAUUAUACACAUUCGUCACCAUUUAUGGCAAGCACUUCAAUGCCUGGGUCACCAUUACAUCACAGUGGUCAUCAUACGAUCAGCGAACAUGGUUCACAGCACAAUAGUGGGAACAAUGGCAUUAAUGAUAACAUAUUCAGUGUACCAGAAAAUAAUUUACAAUAUCAAACAAAACGUGCAUGUUACAGCUCAAAUAAUAGUCCAAUGAAUUCCGGCAAUGUUUCACCAUUUUUAAAUAGUGCAAAUACGAGUACAUUGAAUUCACCAAUACACCAUCAAAAUUUGGGCAUGUCACCAUUAAAUUUGGGCUUGUAUAAUACGAGUUCAGGAGGUGUAAAUGGUGGAGGCAGUGGUGUUAAUUCUGGUGGACAUACAUCACCUGUUUUAUGUGGUGGAAAUACAACUUUAGGACAAAGUCCACAAUUGAAUGUAUCAUCCAUUACACAAGGAAUAAGUGGUUUAAACACAGCUGGUGGUUCCAUAACAUUGGGUACACCUUCACCACACUUACAAAAAGAUUACACAAAUCUCGAAGACAACUCCAUGGAUACAACGGGAUCUUAUCAACAACAACAGCAACUGACUCACUUACCAUUCAACGCACCAAUGAUGUUUGGAACACAAACACCAAAUAUUCAUCCCCAUCACAUGCUAAUCCAUAAUCAUCGUAGUUUAACAAAUUCACCAAUAUCGAAUCCAGGAAGUCCUGGACUCGACAUGAUCAAAGAGGAACAAAUUAAUCACACAUAUCAACAUGUAAUGAAUCCAAAUCAAAUAAAUUCAUCUACAAACACAUCCAGUGUGCCUGGCCAUCCACAAAUAUCCGUAACCGAUGUCCUGGGUAGUGAAAUCACCCUGGUUGCAUCCAGUGAUACGUCAGAAGAUAGUAUGGACAGUUUAGAGAAUCAAAACGUUACACGAUUACCCCAAUUUAUAAUUUCGGAACCAAUCGAAAAUAGCCCUAGUAUUACGAAAGGUACAGGACGUAAAAUGAGCUCAGAAACAAAUCAAUCAGAGUUUUUUAGUACAUAUAAUAAACCGCUAGAUGGGAAUGGAAGUGAUAAUGAGAAUACUCAAAUGGAUGAUCAAUUUAAAUACGUUCGACGGAAUAGCGAUAAAUCUUCAUGUUAUUCCGAGGAUAGUUUAUCAAACGAUAGUUUAAGUCAUUACAGUCCUUUAUCGAAUCCAGAAACAAGUAGUUCACAAUCUGUAAAACAUCAUCAGGGGUUUCUCGAAGAUGUAAAUAAACAUUUUUCAAAAAACUUUGAAAAUAUGCAAAUUUAUAAUAAUUUUAAUAAUGAAAAUAAUCAAAGCGUGAUAGGGGCUGAUGAUAAUGGUGGAAGUGGUGGUCAAAAAACAACACCUCCAAUAAAAUUUUCAUUAAUAAAUAGUGAUCAUAGUGCAAUAUAUAAUUUAGAUAAUUUUAAAACAAAUGAUUUAUAUGAGUUAACUUUAUCAAAAGGUUGUGCCCAUUUAGAAUCAACGGAUAUCCUGGAGAUUGUUAAAGAAACAAUCAAUACACAGGUACCACCAAAAUGUUUUGUUUUAAGUAACGAUAAUAAUGUGAAUAGUGGCGUUAUUGAAUAUGAAGGUGGUAUUCAGAUUGAGUUAAAAGUGUGUGAAGAUAAAAUACAAGAGUCAAAAGGUUUAAAGAUGCGUCGUAUAUCGGGUGAUCAUUUAAUUUAUAAUCAAUUGUGUCAACAAUUAAUAUCGUGUAUGACUGUCUCAUGAUAGUAAUUGUAAGUUUUGUGACAAAUUUUUUAUUUAUUUAACAGAAAAUUUUUAUGGAUUAUUACAUCAGAGAAGGAGUUAGUGUAAUUUUUUAAUCAAUUUAUGUAUUUUUUUUCUCCAUGACGAGAAAAGAGAAAAUCCUUCGUAUGAAACAGUGUAUUAAGGUUGGUUCCACAACUAUAGGUCUGUCUUAAAUUUUUUGAUAUAAUUUAAUUAACUACAGUCUGUCUUUUAUUUCAAUUUUCUAAAAAUAUAGUCCACGAGACAGAACUAUUUUUGUUAAAUGAGUACUUCGUGAGUGGCUUCCUUUCAGCGAGUCUACCAAAUUUUCUCUCUACGAUUUUUAUUCGAAAGUGCUGCAUUUUAAAAAUAAAGUUUGGUAGAUUUGCCAAAAGCAAACUACUCGUGAAGUUUCAAGUAUGUUUUGAUCAUUUAACAAAAAAGGAUGCUGUCCCGCGGACUAAUAGGUUUAUACAUCUAAUCAAGCUCAAAUGAAAAUUAUUUUUUCGCAAUUCUGAUAUACUACGCUUUUUGCUCCUAGCACAAUCGAAUCAUCACUGUACUGAGUUCCUCUAGACUCUUGUUUUCAUCUUAAAUUGGGUUUCUUAAGAGUCUUCUUACCCAAAUCAUUUUUUAAGCAAGAUCGAGGUUUAAUUUCCGAGCCCCCGUCUUACAAAGCCUCGAAGAUAACAUCCAAGUGCUUUUUUUUAACCUAAAUGAAAUUUGUUUUCUCACAUUUCGAAUGAAAAUGUCGUAUUCAUCUCAAGAUUUCGCUCAAAAUUUGGAUAAAUUUCUGAACUAUUCUCCAGCGAUACCUCUUCUUUCAAUCAAAAUGUUUCGCAGCAUCGGCCUGUUCCUCGUCAGCCUGGUUUUCUGUUUGAAAUACUCGACUUAAAGACAAAUUCAAAGAAUUUACCGAGCUCAAAAUAGGCAUGGAUAUGUGGAAAUAAAAAUUUUGAACUCGCGGAUUCUUGUUUUAUUUGAUAUUCUUAUCAUAUUAAAAUCAAUAAAUGUCAACAAAUGUCAUUUCGUCAGUGGAAAUGCGUUUCAUAAAUGACCACACCCCCUGAUUAAAAUGUAACACCCUCUCUCGUACGCACGGUUCCUGAAUUACACCUUUUUUAACGCCUUCAAUAACUUGUUAUAUUUGAAUAUUAACUUGAAUCAAACUGUUAGGAGAUUUUCAACAGAAAAUUAACAGAAAAAUUAAUUAACAGAAUAUCAUUAAUUGAUUACUUAUGAUAAAAAUCUAAUAACUAUUUUGUUAUAAUCGUGAGACGUUUUUUCGAGCAUUUAAUUUCUUUUCAUAGAAAGUACCCUAGAAAGUUUUUAUCAAAAGAACUAAGUGGCAGAAAGAUUUAGAGCGAAGUACGUUUUAAUUAUAUUCAAUGUGUCUACAUAAAAAAAAAUUGUAUGAAUGUGUUUUUAGAUCGAAAAAAGUGUCAGGAUUGUGAUUUUGACGCCACUCACAAUAAUAGCGUCAUGAUCACGAGUCCUGAUUCGAAGUAAAUAUUUCGUUCUAUUUGAUCCCUUAGUAAAAUUGCAUUUAUAAUUACAUCAAAGGAUCGAUUUUAUAUUAAAACAUAAGCGCACACUAAAUAUCUUCUAUCGUUAAAAAUUUAAAUCAAUGUUUUUACAAACCCGUAACUAAAAAUUAUUUGUUUUUUGUUAUUAUUUCAAAAUCGUUUCUCAUUCAGACGUCCGUUUAUGCGUCUGUUCACUUUGAAAUGACUGAGUAUAGUACGUGGUAAACUAUUUUACUUCCAAAUUAAGGAAUUUUAUCCUUAUGUUGUUAACUUGAAAGUUGAACCUAUUUUUUUUAGGUGUUAUAAUUUAUAAAUAGUGGAUAGGCCCAUUUAUCCACAUCGAAAAUAUUUAUGUUUUGUAUUAUAUAAAAAAGUUCAUUGUGACAGAAUUUUGACGAAACAAUGGCCAUAGUUAGCUUAUACAAAAGGCGAUUUAGGCUAUUACACUUUCUGUAAACACUUUGAGAGUAACGUUACCGUAAAUCGUCGUUUGUAUUAUCUAACCACAACAAAUUAUAGAACUUAUAUAUCAAAAAAAGAAUCCGGUGUUUCACUAAUGCAUCAAAUUUGAAAUAAUGUCGUAAGCCCUUAUUAUAAAUUCAACUUUUAGUAAGAAAAUUUAAAUAAGAAAUCCCGUAUCUUUAAAAAUUCGUAUUUUCUGUGUCAAAAGUUGUUCCUUGAUAAAGUACUGUUCUCCAACAAAAUCCGCAACAGCGGUUUUGUUUAGCCGAUAAUAUCGCUACUGGAAAAAAUUGCAACUUUUCCAGUAGCAAUUUUACAACUAUUGCGAGCUUCUGAUGUUCUUUUUAAAUGCGCCGCCGCAAUUAUAUUGCGAUGGACGAAGGGCAUUAUUAGGUUAUUCUUAUUUUCAAUUUAGACCAAACAUUGUGUAUUCUUCAA